AUGGCUUUCUCAAAGCCCACUGGUGAUGUCCUGCUGCAGUUUGCAGGGACAUGGCAUGUCACAGCCGCUGUUUCCAACUGCUCCGUGUUCCUGAAGAUGAAGGACGGGAUGAAGUCAUUUGUUGCUGCCAUCAGCUUCACACCGGAGGGGAACAUGGCUAUGAAGUUGUUCUGGCCCAUGCCGGACACAUGCCAAACAUUCGAGAUGCUCUUCCAGCAAAGAGGACAGGCAGGGCACUACCUGGCAGCACAAGAGAAGAGGGACCUGCGUGUGAUGGAGACGGACUACAGCAGCUAUGCCAUUGUGCACCAGCUCCAGCAGAGCGGGCAGAAGCCCAAGACCAUGCUGCAACUCCUCACAAGGGAGCAAGACGUGAGCCCCCACCUCCUGCAGAAGUUCAAAGAGCUCAUCCCCACCAUGGGCCUGACUGAGGACAUGCUGGCUGUCCUGCCCAAAUCGGGUGAGUGCCAGGAGGAUCAGUGCACCAAAGCCAUCAGGUGA